UUCAAAGCCCUUAGCCCAGAAGCAGCUGUGCCUGGAGAUGUUUGCUCAUGACCUUUUCUCUUACCACACCCUGGGGCUCUUGGGAGGAGCCAAGAGCAGAGCUUGUAGUGCCAGGAUGCUGCCUGUCAGUGCCCAUGUUAAGCUGACUUGUGGGUCCUUUCACAUCCUUCUUGCUUAACUACGGAGUACACAGGAUGGAAACUGCUCUCUGCCUUUGGGAGACAACGCAUGAUUAAGCUCAAUAAAUCUGUGAUUGGAGACCAGAGCAGGAGGCACUCUCUCAGGCUUUCUGUAGCCUGCCUGAAAGGAGAAAAGAACAUUUAUACCCCCAAAGCUCAGAACGAUGGAAGGACAGCGGGUAGGCCUGUCCCUCAGGCUGCUCCGAAAUCGCUUGCCACGACUUCGAGCAGGACAAUCCCAGAACAGUCCUGGGGAAACCACCACAGAGCCGGAAAGGAUCCAGGAGCAUUCUCUGUCUAGCUUUGCUGGAGGCCAGCACUUCUUUGAAUACCUUCUUGUCGUUUCUUUAAAGAAAAAGCGUUCAGGGGAUGACUAUGAACCCACGAUCACCUACCAGUUUCCCAAGAGGGAGAACCUGCUCCGGGGUCAGCAGGAGGAGGAGGAAAGGCUGCUCAAAGCUAUUCCUCUGUUCUGCUUCCCUGAUGGGAAUGAGUGGGCACCACUCACAGAGUAUCCCAGGGAGACCUUCUCAUUCGUCCUGACCAACGUGGAUGGGAGUAGGAAGAUUGGAUACUGCAGGCGCCUCCUGCCUGCUGGUCCUGGCCCUCGCCUCCCCAAAGUGUACUGCAUCAUCAGCUGCAUCGGCUGCUUCGGCCUGUUCUCCAAGAUACUGGAUGAGGUAGAGAAGAGGCAUCAGAUCUCCAUGGCUGUCAUAUACCCAUUCAUGCAAGGUCUCCGAGAGGCAGCCUUCCCUGCACCUGGAAAGACUGUCACCCUUAAGAGUUUCAUCCCUGACUCAGGCACAGAGUUCAUCUCAUUGACACGGCCCCUAGACUCCCACCUUGAACAUGUGGACUUCAGUGCCCUUCUACAGUGUCUCCAUUUUGAGCAGAUUAUUCAGAUCUUUGCCUCUGCGGUGCUGGAAAGAAAAAUCAUCUUCCUGGCAGAGGGUCUCAGUACCCUGUCUCAGUGUAUCCACGCUGCCGCUGCCCUGCUUUACCCAUUUAGUUGGGCACACACAUAUAUCCCUGUGGUCCCUGAGAGCCUUCUGGCCACUGUUUGCUGUCCUACCCCGUUCAUGGUUGGGGUACAGAUGCGCUUUCAGCAGGAAGUAAUGGACAGUCCCAUGGAGGAGGUCCUGUUGGUGAAUCUUUGUGAAGGAACCUUCCUAUUGUCGGUUGGUGAUGAAAAAGACAUUCUACCACCCAAACUUCAGGAUGACAUCUUGGUCUCUCUUGGUCAGGGGAUAAAUGAGUUAAAGACUUCAGAACAAAUCAAUGAGCAUGUUUCAGGCCCUUUUGUGCAGUUCUUUGUCAAGACUGUGGGCCACUAUGCCUCCUACAUCAAACGGGAGGCCAGUGGGCAAGGCCACUUCCAAGAACGAUCCUUCUGUAAGGCUGUGACCUCCAAGACCAAGCGCAGAUUUGUGAAGAAGUUUGUGAAGACACAACUUUUCUCCUUGUUCAUCCAGGAAGCAGAGAAGAGCAGGAAUCCUCCUGCAGGCUAUUUCCAAAAGAAAAUACUUGAAUACGAGGAGCAGAAGAAACAAAAGAAAUCAAGAGAUAAGACUGUGAAGUAAAAGCUGUGGUGAGCAGGAGCAUCUACAGCUACAGGCCUGUUUGGACUUUGGCCUUUCUGGUGUGGCAGGAUCAGUGAGGCUGCUGGCCCUGGAAUUGGUGGCCUCCUUCCAACUGAUAACCCCGACUCGCUUCAGACUUGUGUCUGAGUUUGGGAUCCUUGGUGCCAGGACUAAUGAGAACUUUGAAAGCUCUUAAACAAACUCCUUGACUGUGCUCAAAGCUGCAUCUUUGGCAGAGUGGAUACAGUGGGCGGUACAGUCCAAGUGUUGUGGGUGCUUGAUGAGAAGCUGCCAGUACUGCUGUCCCCUGGGGGCCACUGUUAUACAAUCCUCAAUACUGAGCACUGUUGUGGCCCAACGACUGAUGUAGAAAAGUGGUCUGACAUGUGAGGAUGAGAAUAAAGAUGAAAACCUUGUUGUUUGUCAA